GCACAUCGGAAGGUCACUGCAAUCUCGCUGUCUCUGGCGGACUGCCCAGCCACCAAAGUCUCGGACGACUCUCUAAGCUGCCAUUGUUGCAGAUCGACAGGUACUGUGCGGUUCUACUACAAAGUAGGUACGACUUCACAGGCUACGGCCGUAGGCUCCGUGCAGGAUGCACCCCAGGCCGAAACGCACCUCGUACUUGCAGCCGCAGCCAUCGUCAUCGAAGGGCGUUCACAUAGCCAUCCAGCACCUUGACAAGAUUUUCACCGGAUAUGGCUUCAUUCAUUCCAGCGCGGUUGCACGUCUUCUCUCUUACGCCAGGCCCUUUCGACGGUACCUGCCUGCCAGGUAGUGUGGAAUAGGACGAACGAGCUGAAACUGUCGUCCCCGUUCGCCCUUAUUUCAGCCUUACGGUUUCUGCCGUCGAAUCAACAUCUUCAGACGUCGAGCCGCCCCCCUGAUCAAGGGUUAUCGUUCAUGCAGACGUACGAGACUUGUCGCCGAUGGUUUCUUACGGAAACCGUCAUAAAAACCGUCGUAACACAAAUGCGUUUCAUUCGGCCACCUGGAGCUCGCCAGCCGCGUUCGCCCCGGACAACGAGAAGACCCGCAUCGACAACGAAAGCCACUCGGUCUCCGCUCGUCUUCACACUCUACCAGGGUCAUGACACAAUGGCCCGAUUACUAAAAAAACCCGUUUGCACUACCGCGCCGUCUCCUAGCUGCGCCGAUGACGGAAACCCCGAGAUGCGUCUCGUUUCCCGAUCAUGCUGGGCCUCCCCUCCGUUCACCAUCGGUAAUUGCGUCCUUGUCCCUUCCAGCCGCUGCCGAGUGACAGACUUGGUUGGAGUGGAUGAUGGCGCAAAUUUGCAGUCUUCACCAUCACAUAUCAACUUUGCGAGAUUUCCCUGCAAAUUUCCCACCGACUCGGAAGAGCAUAUUCGUACACGCCACAGGUGCCAGAAUUGGCUUGCUAGGAACCGGGGAAGCAUGGUGUUCGACCCGCCGACAGGGACAAGGCCCCUUCGGCUUUUCGCAGCCAACGUGGCUAUCCUCCCCUGUAUCUGAAGGGUCGAGUAAACAGACGCGCGUCAUGUCAUGGGAA